UGCUGUUGGACCUUGGCAAUAGUUUGUGGUACUGACAAAUAUGUCGGCCCAUGGGUGUCUCCUGUCCACCAAAACCAUGGAUUUAUGAGAAGAGCAUAUACUUCUAUUGGGGAUUACAUCAAUUUGGCUUGUCUAUUAACUUCUCCUUUUGGAUAAGCGGUUUUCUGGCAGAUGCUUGCUGCACAAAAUAACUGAUAAAACCCCAGUUUUUCCGCUGGUGGGAACAGCGUCUUCAGUGAACAAAUGUCAGUCGGACCGGAGGCUGGAUAGAUCAUUUAUGUGUGCUUUUAUCACACCCCCAACGACCCGGGCGACAACAAUGGUGGGUGUUAUUAUAAUCUGAAGAGGACACAACGCCGUCUUUGGAUGAGCAGCCUCGAUAAGUCCCCUCUCAGGUGCAGCAUCCCGUCCCACCACCAGACUGGAUUCCCUUGUUUCAUGAUGCAGGAUGCCCCAUCGUAUUCUUCUGCGUGUGAACUUUAUCCACAUAAUGUGAUCUCCAUCCCGCGUGAGCAGAGCAGCGAUGGCACCGUGAACACAUUCCACCUAUAAAGCCACUACUUGCUUCAUUUUUGUCGCAGUGGUUUUGAGGCUGUUCUCUCAGAGGGAUCGUAGCUGGACGCUGUUAUCCAAGCAUCAGUGCGCCGUUCAGGGAAAGGAAGUAGGGGGAAGUCCCUGGAGAAGAGGACAGAAAAGAAAACUGCCUAUAGCUGUGAGAUCUGCAGUUACAUAACCACCGGCAAUCUCCACCAGCACUCACUUACAGGGAGGAACAGGGAGGAAGACGGAGGAGCAGGGAAACCAGUUGGAGACUGGAGCUGCAGUUCUGAGCAUCGCUGGCUGAUGAGAUCUGCUGCUCCAGCUCCACGUUGCCAUCGUAUCGACUCUUCAGCAGGUUCACAUACAUGGAUACUAAUGGAUGGUCUCCCGGAUUCUGCCCUUGGUGUUGUGGAAGGAACGAUACAUUCACUCCCCACUGUUUGCUUCCCAAUCCCGUCCCUUGUGCAGCUUGCAGGUGAGGUGGUGUGACGCGGCCACCGGCAGGGUUCAGGGAUGCCCCAACACAGGAAAACCCGCCUACUCCAUCGGCCUGCGUACAGACUACUCCGUCUAAGAAAAGUCCUGGACUGAAACCCCCCCCCACCCCCUCUUUUUAUUCCCUCUUUUUUUGAUGCAGAGACCAAAGGGUUGAUAUUUUUCCCUUUACCAGACUUUUCUCACACUGCCCUGCCAUCUUAUCUCAGUUACUUAAAACCUUACAUGUAAUGAACGUUUCACAAGUGCAGACUUGAACUAAGCUGAUUGCUGAUAUCAGAAACUCCCUUUCUCUAAUCUGAAAGGGGUGGAAAGCUACAGGGGAAGGAAAACAAAGCUUAUUCCCAUCAUUAUCCCAGUCUUCCUCGCCUUUUUUGUUUUUCCUCUUGUGAGUUUGGAAGGCUCUUCCUAGAACAGGUCUACCUCUGCCUACGUUCGUACCUCAGCGUGUCCCCGUCUGACGACAGAUCAAGCUGGACCUGUGGGCCUCACAUGCUCUUCUGUUCAACUAUCAGCUGGGAAUCUCUUAGCUUUUACAUUCACCAAAUCUCUAAUGAACUCGGUGUGUUUUAACAAAGAGCUCCAUAUCAGUUCCUCUUUUUUUCUAUGACGUUUUUUUAUUGCACUAUUAGGAUUUUACGUUUCCCUUUUUAUUGAAGCUGAUUUGAGUUUUUGGGACCCAGUUUGUCCUGCGAUGGAAAAGAGCCCAUAAGAAUGACCUGCGUCUCUUAUUUUUUUGUACUUUCAAGCGGAUAGACAACUUUAGUUCCCCUCUGUCCACCAGAGAUCUGUUUUCUGGCUGAUAAAGAAACGGAGGGACUCAUAAGCUCCUUGUAAUCUCCCACUCGCUCCAUCAGAGUUGACUUGAGACAACAAGCUCUCACUCACUCACUCAGUUUGAAUGUGACACGGAGGUGUAUUUACCUGAAAGAGAGAGACCUCUUCAAGUAUUACCCCAUCUCCCUUGAGUCCUUUCUCUUCCUGUCCUUGGUGUUCCUCCGUUAGUCAGUCCAUCACUCCUAAUCCCACACUGGAACACACAAUAAGGAAUGACGGGUUCCUUAGCCUAGCGGUUGUCGAGCCGGCGCACACAGGAAGUGAUGCCAGGUAGCAGUAGUAAGAGCGGAGGGCGAGGUCCAUCCUCGUCUCCUCUCCCUCACGCCGUGGUUCCGCCCAGCAGGCCCCUGAGACCCUCGCGCUACGUCCCCGUGUCAGCGGCCACCUUCUUCCUGGUUGGCUCCACCACACUCUUCUUCUGCUUCACGUGUCCCUGGCUCUCGGAGAGCUUCUCCGUAGCCGUCCCCAUCUACAAUGGGCUCAUCUUCCUGUUUGUGUUGGCUAACUUCUGCAUGGCCACGUUCAUGGACCCCGGCAUCUUCCCACGAGCUGAAGAGGAUGAGGACAAGGAGGACGACUUCCGCGCCCCCCUUUACAAGACGGUGGAGAUCCGGGGGAUCCAGGUCCGGAUGAAGUGGUGCUCCACCUGCCGCUUCUACCGGCCGCCGCGCUGCUCCCACUGCUCCGUCUGCGACAACUGUGUGGAGGACUUUGACCACCACUGUCCCUGGGUGAACAACUGCAUCGGCAGGAGGAACUACCGCUACUUCUUCCUCUUCCUGCUGUCGCUCACGGCUCACAUCAUGGCCGUGUUCGGCUUCGGCCUGCUCUUCAUCCUGUACCACCGGCAGAACAUCGACCGCCUGCACGCCAUCGUCACGCUGGCCGUCAUGUGUGUCGCAGGCCUGUUCUUCAUUCCUGUUGCCGGCCUCACCGGCUUCCACGUGGUGCUGGUGGCCAGAGGAAGGACCACCAACGAACAGGUAACGGGGAAGUUCCGGGGCGGCGUCAACCCCUUCACCAACGGCUGCUGGAACAACGUCUCUCACGUUCUCUGCAGCUCCCAGGCUCCCAGGUAUCUGGGCAGGAAGAAGUGUGUGCAGACGGUGAGCGUGCAGCCUCCGUUCCUGCGGCCGCAGCUGACAGAAGCCCAGCUGGCUGCCAAGAUCCUGGACAACGGCAUCCAGGGAGACCUGCACCGGUCCAAGUCCAGUCUGGAGAUGAUGGAGAGUCAGUCGUGUGAUGCGGAGCCGCCUCCUCCUCCCAAACCGGAGCUGCGCUACCCGGGAAUCACCCGGGGAACCACGGAGGAGUGCAGUCUGCUGAACAAAGCCCCCCCCACGCCCACCAUGUACAAAUACCGGCCCACCUACAGUCCCGGCAAGAACCACACAGCGCUCACACACGCUUAUGCAAACCAGUUGAGUCGGGGGGAGAGUGUUGGCAGCGCCCGGGACUCGUCCUCCUCCACCUCCUCCCUCCUCCAGGCCAGCCAGCAGCCCGGGUUCCGCUCCCAGCCCAGCCUGGACCGGAGGGAGGUGGGGGGGGCCGCCGGUGAGAGGAGGGAGGUGGGGGGCGCCGGCAUCCCCGGCUACUCCCUGGGCGGGCGCUCGUACCCGUCCUUCACGGACCCCAGCGUCCUCUCAGCGGUGACGUCGCGCUCCUCCAGCUCCACGCACACCUCGGCCGGCGCCGAGGCCACCACCGCCUCCACCAGCUUCAAGAGCUUAGCCAAUCAGACGCCCCCGCCGCAGCCCCCCGGCAACGGCAGCCUGUCCUACGACAGCUUGCUGGCAGAGGACUGUGAGAAGGGGGGGGCCCCUGGGGGUUCCUCUGGGAGACCCUGUACCCCGGCAGGAGGCUACCAGUCCCCCCGGCAGCAGCAGCGCUCCUCGCACCACCACCACCACCCCUUCCUGCACCGCUCCUCCUCCUCCUCCUCCCCCCCGCCCCCUCCGGAGAGGGAGCGCCUGCUGGGGGAGCCCCCGGCCGGCCACGGCUCCUCCUCGGCCCCCCCGCUGCCCCCCCACCACCACCAUCACCACCACCACCACCACCACUCGCACCAGCACCACCACCACUCCUCCUCGUCCUCCCGGCCUCCCCGCUUCGCCGCCCCCCACCACGCCUACCCCUACCGCACCCGCUCCACCGACACCCCCCUGGGCUCCACCCCCGCCCAGCCCCCCCGCUCCCCACACCCGCCGCCGCUCGGCAAGUCCCUGUCCUACUCCAGCGCCGCCGCCGCAGAGAUGCAGUACCGGCUGGUCCGCAAGGCCUCCGCCUCGGCCGGGGCCAACGCAGCCGCCGCAGGGGGAGGGGGGAUGGGGGGAGGAGGAGGAGGAGGAGGGGGAGGAGCGAUGCAAGCGCCCAAGGAUGAGCCCAUGAUCCAGGUGAAGCCUCUGAGUUGGACCAACGGUGGCCAGCCCCAUCUCCCCUCCUCCUCCCCCUCCUCCUCCCCUCGUCACCCCGUCACCCCCGCCCGGCCUGGACCGGCCCUCCCCAGCGCGGCGUUGACGGCCAGCCCCGCCCACAAGCCCCCGGGGGGCGGCGUGAGGAAGGUGACGGGUGUCGGAGGGACCACUUAUGAGAUUUCUGUGUGAGGUGCAGCGGCUCUCCGAGGACCGGAGAGGCCCGGCAGACACUCGGACCCUCGGUCUGGAUCUCACACCUCACUGGCUGGGGCAGAAACUGAGCUGAGCCUCUUCUGCUCAUCGGGAACUCCAGGACUUCAGAGCGCCAUGCUGAAACAGAGAGGGAGGGGGGGCAGCAGCACAUGGAGGCAGCAGCACUGCCACGCUGGGAGCUGGACCCCCUCUGGACAAGGAGCUGUGGAUUUAAAACCAUUCCUAGAAGCACUUUUGGACGUGUCGUGUCUUCACUCCUCUAAUCGUCUGAUCCCUCCCAGAUCCUCUGACAGUAAUAAUGCAUAUCGUGUCCCAGCGGCCAGUGUUCCUCCCACCCGAGCUCAGCCGGGGCCCAGAACACGGGGGGGUCGUGCUGCAGCCCAGACGGAACCGCUGGGAGCUCGUCUGGUUCCUCCAGGGGGAUCUGUGAUCCCUGAGCUGCUCUCGGGCCGCCGGGGCCGGAACUGCUGACCCCGCCAUCGCCGGGGCCGACAAACCCCUUCAAUAAACUGAGUAGAUGUGAAUAUGAUUCCAUGUUUGUACAGGAUGAUGUGAUUAUGUUUGUUUUCUGAAAUGUGGACCUGUAUAUAUGUCUGUGUUGUUUCUCGCCGGGACUGGAGCAUGCACUAUCCCCACGGCCGUGAGCCGUGAGCCCCGCGCUCGGCUGGGGAAACACGUCCGAACAAACGGGACAGAAGGAAAACACAAACCACGGUUCGCCUCCUGAAGACGGGGCCAAUUUUUCUAGAACAUGAAUUCCUUGAGCAAUUGCCUUGAAAAUUCAAAUGUCUUUUUUUAUUUCACUUAUUUAAUUUGACAUUGUUUUUAUAUGGAUUUAUAUGGGAAUGUAGCUAUUGGAUUUCUUUUUUUUUUUUUUGUAAUAUUAAAUCAAAAGAGGUGAUGUGUUUACUAGUGUCGAGGAGACAAAGGGAGACACCGAUCCCUCGUCCAGAAUCUGUUCUGAUCUGACAUCCAAACGGCUCGUUUACACCAGGAACAUCUUUACCUGUGACACUUGAACGUGGACUUGUCUGGAGUAUUGGGCUCUUUAAAAACAUUUUUUUCUGUCCGUUUCUAAUGAGAAAUAAGAGAAAGUAUGCUAUGCUACAAAAAAAAACAUUUAACAGUGAAGUCUGAAAAUUAAAAAUGUGGGGAAAAAGAGAAAAGUUGCAUCUGGACAACAUGAGUAUAUGACUUUUUUUUUUUAAUCACCUCUCAAUAUUCCACCAUUUUUUCACGUGACCGUUUUUUCUGUACAUCUAUUUUCUUUUUUUUUCCAUGCAAAAUGUUUUGACUGUAUUGAGUGGAUUCACUCCCUCGGGGUCCAAACAGCUGGAACUGCAGACCAGAGCAGACACUUCUGUACUAUUCCCUUCAUUCCUCUGGUUGGUGAGUGCUGAGGUUAUGCUAACUUGUGUAUUUUGGAAUUAAAUGUUGAGUGUGGAAAUGUGGGCAGUUAUUGGGAAAGAAAGUGUUGUGGAAUGUUAUAAAUUGCACGAAGUAAAGUACAGAUCCUUAACAAACUACAACAUCGGUGAGCU